CCACUACCACCGAUUUCCGUGACGUCUGUGCGUGAGACCGCUGAAGGGAUAUACCCACCAGUGCGUGGUGUCAAGACUCAAGGCCACCUCCACAAACAUUCAUCAGGAGAAGGUCCCCGUUGAAAAGAUGGCGGCGUCCAUCCCUUUUCCAUUCAACCCCCAGAUCCCGGUGACUCCGCCACCAGAUCAAGCGUCAUUCACGAAAGGCCCCCCUUUAUCCCCUGACCUGCUGAAGGUUUUCGCUCAGCAGGCCUACGGACCGAUGGGAGCGAAGCCCGGGGAGGCAGCGGAUAAGCUAUCGAAGACGUCUGUCCCCUCGGCGACGGAGAACCCGACACAACCACACGGCCCCUCCGGCGGGGGUCUCGAUCCGAGAUACCUCGCCAUGGCAUCACGGAUUGCCGCGUACUACCAGCAGCGGUGCCAGGCGGUCGCCAGAUACCAGCAGCACAGAUGCCAGGUUUGGGCAAACACGCAUCGGCAGAAGUGUCAGGAGACCAUGCAAGCUGCCAUGCUGGUAGUUGCAUGGUAUGUCCGAGAUCGCAUCCAACGCCGGCGGAGGCGACAGAGGCGUCAAUUUAGGGGAGGCUUGUCGGCGAGACGUUCGAGACCGACCGCCGCGAAGGGCCAAUCAGUCAGACGCUGGAUCAUGGGUGUCCCCAAAGAUGUCCUGUCAGCCAGCGAGCCGUUUGGGGGGAAGUUUGCCGACCAGGAAGAAAACGACUUCUCGAUAGAUAAAGAGUCGACGCCGGACAAGGACAGCAAGCUCUUUGACGUUGCGGAUAACCUGAUCAAGAGUCAACUCUCCCGAAUCGAUGUCCCACUGAUGGGAACACUAUCCUUCGACGAGAGCGACAGCGAGACCGAAGCAGAGUCCGGCUCCCGAGGCGACUACGACGAUGAAAUGGCAGAAGAGUAUGAUGAUGAUGGCGAGGACAGUGAGAUGGCUGAGGACGACGACUAUGACGACGACGGUGAUCUGGAAGGCGAUGAUAAUAUAGGGUCCCAAGAAGUACAAAUUGGCACCGGGAAAGGCAGUCGAAAGCGUACUCGGAGUUCGGUUUCAUGAGGGAGGCUUGGAACCUUGUCGGGCUAAUAAAGAGGUCAUCACAGGAUAACAUGUGUUUAUUUAAAACCUACGGUUUUUAGUGAGAAAACUUGCGAGAAGAUCACAAGCACAUCAACGUUUACACCAGACAGAACCUAUGCAAUGCCCCCUUAAUCCUAGCAUGUGCAAAGGUUCCAUUUAACA